UCUCAACUCUGCGGGAUGAUGUCGUGAAUUACACCGCCCGCAAUAGGUUUCUACUAUUGGCCGACAGGAAAUCCGUUAGUAGUUUCAAUGUGGCACAGGUGCAGCGGAACUGACUAGCACACAAUCCCGAGCCAACUGAUAGCGAGCAAGCACCUCUUAAUGGCGGCCCCGUUGGCGCGCUGUAGUUCGACAUUUUGCGAUGAACAACUCUUUACGACCUCUCCUUCCGGCGACGCGGCCACGUUCUCCUCCGCCGUCCGGACCCAACUCCAAGAGGAAGCGUGUUUCUGUCGCCUGCAAUGAGUGCCGCCAGAAGAGAAUUGGCUGCGAUGGGUCGAGACCCGUGUGUGCAGCCUGCCACAGGCGCGACAGGCACUGCGUCUACAUGAACGAGGAAGAUCUGGAGAUGCGCCCGACCAUCCUAAAACGGGAGAACAUCGCACUACGAGAAAAACUAGUCGCCUUUCAGGACAUCUUCGAACAUCUCCAGGGCAGAACACAACAUGUUGCUCACGAUACCGUGCAACGCUUGGGUGCGGGCACCGACCCCUCUGACGUGCUGAAGACGCUCCGCGGAGAGCUACCACACGCGAUCCUGUCAGAGCAAAACACAGCAAGAGCCAUUCUGCCAGCCGUUUAUUCGGACGGCGAACUCGAAUUACUUGUUCGACACCCCAAGGCGUAUUGCACCGUUGAUCUUCCUGUCGUUGCACAGGGCACUGUGAGCACUCUUUUUCUCGGUGGUGAAUCGUCACACGCACACAUCUCCCAACCCGAAGAUGUUAAGAGCACGGACAAACCAUCAAACCACCCUGAGUAUUGCGAUUCGCGGCUUGAGGAGCUGAACAUCGAUUUCUGGACCUCCGUCCCUGUUACAAAUGACCGUGCUGCGUCUGCGAUAUCAUUGUACCUCGAAACCCACCAUCCAAUAUGGAGCUUCUUCGAUGCAUCACAGUUCAUCAUCGAUCUUGUGGAGUGUAGAGUCGGCUCAGAAUCGACAUCUUCGCCGUUUAUGGUUAGCUCAUUACUCGCAUUUGCGAUGCAAGGCUAUUCAUCGAUAGAUCCUGCGGCAGCAGAGUAUAGCUAUCAAUUCGAACAGCAAGCCGAGAAGCUGUUCGCCGCCGAAGGGAAGAUCGACACCCUUCCGGACAUCGCAGCUUUAGCACUUCUCUACACCUCGAUCGCUGUUCAUGGAGACGUACCAAGAGCCACGAAAUACCUAACAGCAGCGAACGAGGCAGCUGAGAGAAUGAACUUGUUUGGCAAGCCUGAUCAAGCUACGUUUGGAUCGCCGAAGACUAUUGUGGCAACUAGUCAGACUGCUUGGGGGCUGUUCAAUUUUCUUGUACAGAUGGCUCAGUUUCACGUGGUACCGCCAAUCGAACAUCCACCUACCAUCCCGUUGCCAGAGGAGCUGAGGAGUUCCCAAGCACUCGAAAGCAGCCACGAAAGGGACACUGUCAGUAUAAGCCCUGCCCUGGCAGAGGUUCAGCAGGCUCAGUCGAUCUUUUGCAGGCUCUGGAUCAUCGCGAACGAGAUCUUUCUUAUAUACCGGGACAGCGAGAUCGGGGCGAGGUCGCUGGCUUUCGCUCUUGGGAAAUACCGCAAGCUCCUGGAUCUGGUCGAUACGCUGCCUAAGUCAAUGGUUAGGCAAGAAAAGUCACCUCACUGGGUCCUUAUCUUCCAUACAUCACUUCACAUGGUUGUUCUGGACGUCUUCCGCCCCUACAUCGCAGAGGGUCAGCAGCAUGGCUUCCGGGCAUAUGUACCUCAGCCUUCAUCGCCUAGAACCAUCUUCGCGGCGUCAGUCAUGCAACUCAAAGGAAUGUUGUUCAUGUUUGCCAUCCAGUACGCACCAGCAUAUUGGAAUCUUGCGCUCAGCGGUGCCAUGGUGUUUACCGUGAACGCUGUCUUGAACGACACCUCCGAUGCGGAGAGGAAGAAUUAUCUGGCCUUCUGCAUCUCCAUGGGUCAAAGACUCCUGCCAUCCUACGUCUACAUGAUUGAGACUAUCCGAGCAAUUCUGGCAAUUGCAACAGAUAAGGGUGCGAUCACGAGUGCUGAAGCCAUCCGCAUAGAUGUCGAAUCAGCAGCAUUACAGCGCGCAGAAUACACCGACCGCUGUAGAGGAGGAUGGGUCGUGGCGCCCACAGUAAACGAUAAUGUCGCUGGUAGCAUCAACACACUAACAGACCGAUUUGAAACAAUCACACUUUUCGACGAAUUCACAGAAGGCAUCGCUUGA